AUGUUUAAGGACGGGUUUGUGGAUCAAUACAUCAAAGAGACAAAUCUCACCACUACUAAUUAUGGAUCCACUUACGAUUACGGUAGCAUUAUGCACUAUGGAGCAUCCAGUGCUUCUUGGAACAAAUUGCCUACUAUGGUAGCCAACGACACCAAUUAUCAAGAAUCAAUGGGCUCCUAUAUCCUCUCCUUCAUUGACAAAUCGAUGAUCAACGACCAUUACAACUGCAAAGCACUGUGUACGAACGAAACCUCAGCUCAAUGUGAGAAUGGUGGGUUCCCUCACCCACGGAACUGUUCGGAAUGCAUCUGCCCCAGUGGUUAUGGCGGAGCCAUUUGCGAUCGGAGGCCAGAUGGAUGUGGAGAAGUGUUGGCAGCGAAUGUUACCACACGAAUCCUCAAAGAUGAACUCGGCUUCAACUCGACCGGCGUCAGAGAAAACUUUACGUUCUGCAAUUACUGGAUCGAAGUAUGUGAUGUUACUCACCCGUUAUGUUCGUUUGGAGAAAUCCAAGCUCUCACAGGCUGCUGA